AUAUAUACACCCCUUCAUCUUUCCAAACCAAAAUUCUCUCUAAUAUUCUUCUGAUUUCUCACCUUCUAUUCCUUCUAAGAUUUUGUUUAUAGUUCUGCGCUUCUUAGCUUGUCUCUCUCGUCUUCUUCACGCUGGGUUGACGACGAAUUGAAUAUAUAUGUGAAUAUAUAUAAACAUUUCUUUGUAUAUAUACAUAUAUAAAGCGCACCAGUCCCAAAGAAUCUGAAGUAUGAGCUGCAAUGGUUGUCGAGUCCUUCGAAAAGGAUGCAGCGAGAACUGUAUUCUUAGGACCUGUUUGCAAUGGAUUGAAAGCGCUGAAGCUCAAGGCCACGCCACCGUUUUUGUCGCCAAGUUUUUUGGCCGUGCCGGCCUCAUGUCAUUCAUCUCCGCCGUGCCGGAAAACCAAAGACCUUCUUUGUUUCAGUCUUUGUUAUAUGAAGCUGCGGGGAGGACUGUGAAUCCGGUGAACGGAGCGGUGGGGUUACUGUGGACGGGGAAUUGGCACGUGUGUCAGGCGGCGGUGGAAACCGUGCUCCGUGGCGGCGCGUUGCAGCCGAUCCCGGGAGGUGCGGAGGCUUCGGAGUGCACCGACACGUUGAAGCUCCAAGAUCCCGCUCAAAACGCGCGAUCCAAGGUUCAGAAACGGCGCCGUUUACCCGACGGACCGCCCAGCGUUUUGCAGCUCGCCGAUCUUGAUCUCAGCUUAAACCCGGGUUUUCAAGGCUUCCAUCCCAAGGGCUAUGGAAAUACCAGUCCGGCGCCGGAGAAGCGACGCCCGGGGACUCCGUCUAUGAACUCCGAGGAGUCGGUGACGACUACGUGCUUCGACAGUCAGUUCGCCGGCGCCGGAGAUCAGGACGGAGGAGAACCCAAGCUUCUCAGCUUGUUCAAUUAGCUUCUAAUUAAUCUUCUAUUAUUAGUUAAUUAAUUGUAAUAUUUCUCUUUUUUUGGAAGGGCCCGAUUUUCCCGGAAACUAUUUUCCGGCGAGUUUUUGUAAAAUCAUUGGCGCAAGAUUCCCCUUUCUUCCACUAUUUAUAUCUAGUGGAAAAAAACAAUAGGGAGAAAAUGAAAGUCUGCCAAUUCAUAUCGUGUAAUGAGUUCAAUCUAUGUUGAAAAUUAAUAAUUCCAGUACUUUUAAUUUAUUUGACUA